AUGUACAACUGGAUUAUACACCUCAAAGAUUUUGGUCCUGACAGAUCUCAACCUAUCUCCAAUGAUGCGAUGUUUAGAGUUAACAACUUUAGUAUGGACUAUUUUGCUGAUGCUUUUCCCCUUCCAAAUCAGCAACGAGGUGUGCGCUAUUUCGACUGGCAAGCAUGGUCCUCGUUCGUCAUCAGCGCAAUGACAGAAGCGAUACUAAUAGCCGCGCCAGGAGGCUUCGCAUGCAUCCCGCUCAAGUCCACCCACAACUUCUACGUCUUCUGGAUCCCGAUCCUAUGCUUCGAGGCGCUGCUCUGUGCGCUGGCCGAUGGGCGCGGGGUGUAUGUGUCCCGAACGAGUGCGGUUGCGGUUGCGGUUGCCGGUGGUGCUGGUGCCAGUAGUGGAAACGCCGUGGCUCGCGAUCAGGCUGCGCGCGAGGGUCUGGGACUGCCUUCGCUACGACGGCGCGGCGGGGACUUGGUGCAGGUCUUGUAUAGAGGCUCUGUGGUCUAUUUCGCUAGUAUCGCAAUGACGUACAUGGCGCCUAUAAUCUUCUGGGUCGCGCUUCCACAAGGACUGAGCGAAGUCCCACUCGGCUUCUGCGUCGCGCUGCCCAGCGUACUCUCCGCGCGGCUCAUCCUAGGCAUCCGCAGGACAGCAGCGGCGAAAGAUCGACUCGGGUGGUCGCUUGGUACAGGUGUUGGGGAUUUGACGACUUUUGAGGUCAGAAGGGAUUUGACGGCGUUUGAUGUGCAGGUGCACGUCCACCGUGUCGGUUCUGGUUGUACGGGUAUAGGUGUGGGUGCGGGUGAAGAGCAUAUGCAUACGGUUUAUGCAUAA